AUGGAAGUUGUAAGAGUACUUUUCGGUGUUUGGAUUUUAGUUUCAUGGGUUUUGAUCAGUGUGUUAGGUGAGGGAGCGAGAGGUGCAUUGCCUUGUGAUUUUCCUGCCAUCUACAACUUUGGUGACUCAAAUUCAGAUACUGGUGGGAUAUUUGCGGCAUUUUACCCAGCAGGGCCGCCAUCCGGUGAGACGUUUUUCCAUCAGCCGGCCGGAAGAGGUUCCGGUGGACGUCUCAUCAUAGAUUUUAUUGCCAAAGGCCUUGGAUUGCCAUACUUGAGUGCAUAUCUAGAUUCAGUUGGAACAAGUUUCAGGCAUGGUGCAAAUUUUGCCACAGGAGGCUCAACCAUUAGGCGGCUUAACGAAUCGUACUUUGUGACUGGCGUAAGUCCAUUCUCUCUUGAUAUCCAGAUUGUGCAAUUUGGGCAGUUCAGGGCACGCACCAGCAAUCUCUACAAUCAAGCCAAGAAAGAUUCCCAGAGAAGAAAUCUCCCAAGACCUGAGGACUUCUCGAAGGCUCUUUAUACAUUUGACAUUGGGCAAAAUGAUAUUGCUGCUGGUUUUCGAACAAUGAGCAAUGAGCAAUUUAAAGCAGUAAUCCCUGACAUCAUUGGCCAGUUUGCUGCAGCAGUCCAACAUCUGUACCAAGAAGGGGCAAGAGCAUUUUGGAUACACAACACAGGCCCCAUUGGCUGCUUGGCAGUGACCCUAAACUACUACCACCGCCCACUUUCUGGCAUUCUUGACCAACAUGGGUGCGUCAUAGCUCAAAAUAACAUGGCUGAAAAGUUCAAUAGGCAGCUUAAAAAAGGUAUCAUCAGCCUAAGGGAACAGCUGCCUGAUGCUACCUUAACAUAUGUGGAUGUCUUUGCAGCGAAGUAUAAACUAAUCAGAAAUGCAAAGAAGGAAGGAUUUCUUGACGCAAGAAACAUUUGCUGUGGUUAUCACGAGGAUGGCAGCCAUGUGUGGUGUGGGAACAAGGCAAAGAUAAAUGGCAGUGAAGUGUAUGCUGGUUCUUGUGAAGAUCCUUCCAGGUAUAUUAGCUGGGAUGGCGUUCACUACACCGAGGCCGCAAAUUAUUGGGUUGCAAAUCAUAUAACCGACGGUUCAUUCUCAGACCCACCAUUGUCAAUCACAAAUGCAUGUCAUAAGGGCCGAUCUUUGUGA